AUGUCGAAUGAAUCAGGGAUCCGGGGUGUCCAGCCAUCUCACUCAAGACAGUUAAGAGAAUCUGACGAUAACGCAAUGCCACCUCCAGACGGUGGGUACGGCUGGGUGUGUUUGGCUUGCUGCUUCUCAAUCAACUGUUUCACCUGGGGCGUUGUAGCCUCCUAUGGUGUCUAUCUAUCGUAUUAUCUAACAAUCGACGCCUUCCCUGAAGCUCGACCUCUGGAUUACGCCUUCAUCGGUGGUUUGAACUUCGGAAUCGCGAUGCUUUCGGCUCCCCUGAUUACGCGCCUGGUGCGGUCCUACGGCAUCAGGUUGCCCAUGAUGGUGGGAGCAGCCAUGUUUGGAGGAGGUUUCAUCGCAGCGUCUUUCGCUUCUCGUAUCUGGCAUCUCUACCUCUCGCAAGGUGCCUUGGUCGGCUUGGGUGUCGGCUUCGUCUACGUACCCAGCAUCGCAGUUCUGUCUCAAUGGUUCGCGAGAAGAAGGAGUCUUGCCAACGGGAUCAGUGCGGCAGGUUCAGGAAUUGGUGGGUUGAUCUUCUCCUUCGCCACUGGUGGCAUGAUAAACCACCUCAGUAUCGCGUGGGCACUGAGGAUCACGGGGGCUAUCGCGUUUUUAGCUAUUCUCCUGGCCGCGAUCUUCAUUCGCGACCGCAACAACAUCAUUCGACCGCAACAACAUCCCUUCGACCUAGACCUUGCAUGGCGCGCCGAUGUUCUCUUGCUCCUUUCAUGGGCCUUUCUCAGCAUGCUAGGGUACAUCGCGCUCCUCUACUCACUCUCGGACUACUCGAUCUCCAUCGGACUGUCCAGGCAACAGGCAACACAGGUGACUGCCUUUUUGAAUAUGGGAACGGCACUCGGGCGCCCUUUUAUUGGUGUUGCGAGCGAUCGUUUUGGCCGAUUUGGAGUUGCGACCAGCCUAACUUUCCUCUGCGGGCUCGCGUGUUUUGUUAUCUGGAUCCCAGCCUCGUCAUUCGCACCAACGGUUGUGUUUGGGAUUCUGAGCGGAGCAAUUCUAGGAGUUUUUUGGAUGACUAUCGCGCCACUAUGUGUUGAAGUUGCAGGGUUGAAACAGCUUCCUUCGCUCCUCUCACUCUCCUGGUUGUGUGUUGUUCUCCCAACCACCUUCUCCGAAGUCAUCGCGCUCUACCUUCGUCGGCCUACGCACACCCGUCCCUAUUUGUACACUCAAAUAUUCUGCGGAGUUUGUUACAUCUGCGCAAGCUCUUGUCUGUGGGGUGUGCGAAUGCUCUGCAAACGGAAAAGUAUACACACUGAAGAUAGAGAGUUGGUAAGGCCCGGUUAA